UUAUACAGCAUAUGAGCAUAGCAAAUACGAAGUACCAUGUAAGGGUAAGCUGUAAGCAUUACCCCCGCUGACAUAGAUAAAGAAGAGAAACCCACGCCUAUAUUUGCCGACCGUCAGACCUUCAAACACUCCAAAAAUGGCGAAAACAAAUUACAAGAGAUUUCAAGGCAGCCAAAAUCUAAGACUUCGUCUUCUUCUCUCUACUCUUUCUUCGACUCCUAUUCUCAUUGACGACAUUCGAUCUAAUGAAACCAUUCCCGGCCUUCGUCCCCACGAAAUCUCUCUUCUUCGACUCAUCGAAAAAGUCUGCGAUGAUUGUCAUGUUGAAAUCAACGAAACUGGUACAAAAUUGAAGUACAAGCCUGGGAUUAUAAUGGGUGGGAAAUUCUUAACUCAUAAUUGUGGGUUGAGUCGUUCAAUUGGUUAUUUCUUGGAACCACUUUUGGUUUUGGGUUUAUUUGGGAAGAAGCCCCUUUCAAUUAGGCUUAAAGGUAUUACAAAUGAUUCUAAGGAUCCUUCCAUUGACACUUUCCGGUCAACUACCUUGAACAUUCUGAAACGCUUUGGAGUUCCUUCUGAAGGUCUGGAACUGAAAAUUGAGAACCGUGGGGUACCUCCUCUAGGUGGUGGAGAAGUAGUUCUGUCGGUACCAAUUGUGCAUAGUAGUUUAACGGCAGUAAACUGGGUCGAUGAGGGAAUGGUAAAGCGCAUCAGAGGGGUGUCCUUUUCUACUCGAGUAUCAUCACAGUUUGAAAAUACAAUUAUACAUGCUGCUCGUGGUAUUUUCAAUCGCUUGAUUCCUGAUGUCCACAUCUUCACUGAUCACAAGAGUGGUGUACAAGCUGGAAACUCCCCUGGCUUUGGGAUUUCACUGGUUGCUGAAACUACUUCUGGAUGCUACAUUUCUGUUGAUACUGCUGUUUCUUAUCCACGAAAAGAUGAGACGGAUGAGAAUGAAGAUGAAGAAAAGAUAGACCUGAAGCCGCCCGAGGAUGUUGGCAUAGAAAUAGCUUCUGCUUUAUUAAAUGAAAUCGAGCAGGGGGGAGUGGUAGACUCUACACAUCAGGGCUUGUUAUUUCUUCUUUGUGCUUUGUGUCCUCAAGAUGUAUCAAAAAUCCGUGUGGGUUUGCUUUCACCUUAUGGAAUAGAAGCGUUGAGGCUCAUAAAAGACUUUCUAAAUGUGAAAUUUGCCAUCAAGCCUGAUCCUUCAACAGGCACUGUCAUACUUAAAUGUGUGGGAUUUGGUUUAAAAAAUCUCUCAAGAAAGCUUUCAUGAUGCGUAUCAUCUCUAUUCAACUUUCAUCUCUGGUGGAUCAUCCGUUUCUACAGGCCUGGCUUUCAUCUACUUGGGAAGUAUGAUGAGUUUAUGCAGCUGUUCAGUGUUAGUUUUGUUAGGCCCAGAUUGAGAUUGUAGUAAAAUCGAGUUUUCAUUUAUGAAUUUGGCAAAUUUUGCAGCUGGUUGGGUGUAAUGAGUAAUCUAUAGAUAGAGCUAAUUUUUGUUUCGCGAAUUUUGAUUUAAUAUAGUUAGUAGUCUCUGUCAAAGCUGGUUGUUGAUAGCUUCCACCAGCAACAGCAAAUUCAGAAACACAUUCAGGUUUGUAGUCUGCAUUUUUAUAAUAGAUACACGAAAGUUAUUCAUGUAUGAUGUAUACUGCGUAAUUGAAAUGUUAUUAUUUCUUGACAGAUUUCCUUACUGUA